AUGUGGCAGGAGGUCCUUCCCAACGCCUGGGAGAGCAUCUUAUCCCGCAUCAGGUCUUUUCAAUAUUCACAGAAGAAUGCAGUCCUGGUCCCUGCAGCCGCUCUGGGGGUCGGAGGAAUGGUGGUUUGCUGGCUAAUGUCUAGACGCAAGAUCAAGAGACUUGAAAUGGGUGAUGGAUGGUGGGGCUCAGGUGAAAGACCACUAAGAGAGAACGAAGAUGAAAGAAUCCGCCCCUUCAAGAUUGAAACCUCUGACAAAGAAAUUGAGGACCUGCACCACCGCCUCGACCAGGCUCGCUACGCACCUCCGCUGGAAGGGGCAGCUUUCCACUACGGCUUCAACUCCGACUACCUGCAGAAGGUGGUGGCCUACUGGAGGAACCAGUUCGACUGGAACAAGCAAGUGGAAAUCCUGAACAAAUACCCUCAUUUCCAAACCACCAUCGAAGGGAUUGAUAUCCAUUUUAUCCAUGUGAAGCCCCCCUACGUCCCUCAUGGACGAGCUGUUCAACCUAUCCUGAUGGUCCACGGCUGGCCCGGCUCCUUCUACGAGUUCUACAAGAUCAUCCCUCUGCUCACAGAGCCAGCCAAGUACGGCCUGGGUGAUGGUGAUGUGGUGUUUGAGGUCAUCUGCCCAUCCAUCCCAGGCUAUGGCUUCUCAGAGGCUCCGCACCAGAAAGGCUUUGACUCCCGCGCAACUGCUCGGAUAUUUCACAAGCUGAUGAAGAGACUGGGCUUCAAGGAAUACUACGUUCAGGGAGGAGACUGGGGAUCUCGAAUUACUACAAACAUGGCCCAGAUGCUGCCAGAAUCUGUGAAGGGGAUUCAUGUGAAUCUUGUCUUCAUCACCAUGCAAGGUUUUAAAAAGUUGAUUCAAGUGAUGCUUGGGGCUUACGUACCAUGGCUUGUAGGCUUCACUAGGGAAGACGUUCGACGGAUGUACCCCUUCAUGCAGAAGAAUGUAUAUGAUCUUCUGCGAGAAUCUGGAUACUUACAUAUCCAAGCCACCAAACCAGACACUGCAGGUUGUGGACUGAAUGACUCCCCGGUGGGGCUUGCUGCAUAUAUUUUGGAGAAAUUCUCUACCUGGACAGAUAAAUCAUUUCUGCAUAAAGAUGAUGGAGGCUUGGAAAGCAAGUACUCACUAGAUGAGCUUUUGACCAAUGUGAUGAUUUACUGGGUGACAUCAUCUAUUGUGCCCUCAAUGCGAUACUACAAGGAGAACUUCUCCCAGGAUCCUCGUCUAACUGAUGAUUCCAGGGUUGGAGUAUAUGUUCCCUCGGGGAUCGCAGCUUUUCCUGAGGAGAUAGCACAUACACCACAUUCCUGGGCAAGGAAGGUCUUCAAGAACAUUGUCAGUUACUCUUACAUGCCCCGCGGAGGCCAUUUUGCUGCUUUUGAGGAACCAAAGCUUCUGGCACAAGACAUCAUACGCUUUGUGAGAAGGGUGGAGCAGCUGUGA